AUGGUAAAGUCAGCUAGAUCUGUAGAAAUCGAUUUAAUAGAUUGUGGAAUAGAUCAUGAGGUAGAAGUAGCCACAGGUGACGUUGAUAUCACUCAGUAUCCAUGGUUGGGAGUCUUAUACUACAGCUACUAUGGCGAAUCUGAUGAUGCCCGAGCUGUGACGACCGUAGCUUUGAUUCAAGCGGAAUUCGUGAUAGCUGCUGCUGCUGAUAUUGGACCAAUGCCUAAACAUGAUUUCCGAUCGAACGCUCGCGUACUUUUGGGUGAAAACUGGAACCGAAUUGGACGUAAAGUGAGGAAUUACGUAAUACACGAGGAGUAUGAGAACACGUAUAAUACCAUCGCUUUGGUACAGCUAAGGACUCCAGUCAGAAAUAUCAACAUUAAACCACUCUGCCCUCCGCCUCAUAUAAUAAGGAAUCCAGAUUUUUAUGUCGUCAAGUUUAAGAAAGAUUAUCAAAAUUUACAAAAGGCAGUUAUUCCAGUGUCUCAUGUACCCGCCAAUUUAUGUCGAGAGUUUUAUUUGAGAGCUAAUUUAUACGCAAAGAAAUUGCGCCCACCGCAUGUGUCUUGUGCUGUUUCUUUGGAAGAAGAUAAUGUAUGCGUGUGGGACGCGGGUUCGACCCUCGUAUCAAGGGAUGUGUGGGGUAGAUGGCAAUUGUUAGGUUUAGGGGUCCGCGGGCCAGGCUGUGGAGCGCCAUCCCGGUAUUUGGAUAUAAUGAGCUAUUUCCCCUGGAUUGAAAGCACUUUGAACAAGUUUAAACGUAUCACUAUAUCUAAGAUGUCUAAACACAAGUUUAUAUUGAGAGGGGGAAGCGUGGCUUACCAACGGUUCGGAAACUGUGAUGAAGAAGAGAAAGUGAACCUCGUGUAUCGCGAGAUGAUAUCACUGCGAACUGAUAAUGACCAGUUCCAGUUUCUCACGUAUAAUUUGUCGAUUUACGAUGAUGUGGAGUUCACUUGCCUCACCUUAGAGCUGGUGAACGCGUCAGCUGUAUCAGAAAUGAGGGUCAAACAUCUAUGCACUAGGUAUUCUAAGGGACCGCCGUGUUAUGCGUAUAAAGGUUCCGUCUUCGAAAUAUCAGUGUACCUCAUGUUCUCUGACACGUGCCGUUUCGAGAUGUUCGCGUGGGGUUUCAAGAAGAAUAUGACAUUAUUGGAUAUUCAGGCCUGGAAAUGGGAGGAGGGGACCUAUUAUGAAGAUUUCACGAUGCUCCCUGUAGAAUAUAGAGGGCCUACUCAUCUAACGGAGUUUGGAUUUGAACCGCUCGACAUGGGCAUGUGGGUGCCGGAGUACGAGUUGUGGACGACGACCGAGUUCGAUAAUAGCACCUGGUCCAGUACAACCAAGAAACCUAGGAUCAUAGCUGAUGACGCAACGCCACCACCUCAGAAACCGAAAAAGCAGGAACCAAGGGAAACUACCACCACGGAGGCUGGGCCCAAAACCGUACCUACCACGAUAUCCCCAAAUAUGUCGUACAUCUUAUUUAUGACGGGAAAACCGAAUUUUGAUAUCGCAUUCACCCAGAAACCGAAGUAUGUUAAAGAUGAAUGAAGCCAGUAUGCCGUUUCCGAUAUUGUAAUAUUCUUUUUGGAUGGUUCCAUAUGGAUGGUUGUAUUUUGACGUUUGCAUCAUUAAAUAAACUAGAAACACACAUGAUUUAAUCGGUUAAAUAGAUAAUAUAAUAUAAAUAUUAUAUAUGUGAAAAUAUUAUAUAUCAAUGUAUAUAUGUAAUUUGCAAGCUACCGGAAAUCAGAUUGUGAAUUCAUAGAGGCGUCCCGGCUCUGUGAGACCCGCCUUAUAUAUAUAAAA